AUUGCUGAACAUGCAAUGCGGAUAUGGGUGUGGGUGGGUUAGUUUGAUCAUGCCAUGGAAGCAGAGGAGCCCUGCGCAUAAGACUGGAACUCCUAUUCAAAUCAGAGUUUAGGUAAACCAACAGCACAACCAGCAGACAGACAAGCAAAGAUUCCAGUGGAAUCUAAAGAUGGGGAAAACACAGAGUGUCCUUGAGAAGAAAGGAUACACUACCCAGAAGGAGGUAGAGAACGGUGUCAUAGCUACUGACAAACAUGGGGACCAGUUCGUCAUUAAAGAGAUCAAACUGAAUGAGACAUCUGUCCUGAACUCCAGUGUUGAAAGCCUCAGACAGAUUAGUCACCCCCACAUUGUAAGCUACAACAACUCAUUUCUAGAGGAUAACUGCUACUAUAUAGUGACAGACCAUUGUGCAAAGGGAAAUCUGUCACAGAAGAUACAAGAGCAGAUGACAAACCCUACAGAAGAGUACUCUGAGAAGAUUAUGGACUGGUUUGUCAAGAUCUGCAUGGCCCUGAAGCAUGUACAUGACCAGGGCCUUCUUCACAGAGAACUGAGACCCCAGAGCGUACUCCUCACAGAAUUUGAAACACUUCGUUUGGGAGCGUUUGGAAGUGUCAAUGAAAAGACGACCAACGAGGAUGGAAUGGUGGGUUAUUUAGGCCCAGAGAUUCUAACUGGUGGAACGUAUGACACCAAAAGUGAUAUUUGGUCCUUGGGAUGUGUGCUGUAUGAGUUGUGUAUGCUUCAGUGUGCAUUCACUGCAGAGAACACAAUCAAGCUCAUCCGCCAAAUAUUGGGAGGUUCUUACCCAUCUCUCCCAGAGAGCUUCUCAUCUGAGCUCCGCGACCUCCUGUGUGACAUCUUCCAACAAGACCCGACCAUUAGGCCUUCAGUUGGUGACAUCAUGGCGAAACCCUUCAUUAUCAGUUUCAUCACAAAAAAGAGUGAGAAAACUGUGGAGGAACUCCAGACCAGCUUGGACAAGCUGAGAACUCUGGCAGACGGCUUGGAGAGUAUGCAUAAAGGAACAACCAUAGGCAGUCUGACGGGAGGUGUUAUUGGAGCUGCUGGAGGAAUCACCUCUAUAGUGGGGCUUAUCCUGGCUCCCUUCACUCUGGGCACCUCCCUGAUCGUCACUGGGGUUGGUAUUGGGGUGGCUGUCGCUGGUGGAGCCACAGCCGGAGUAUCCAACAUCACCAACAUGGUCAAUCAGUCCACCGACCGCCGAGCCAUCAAGAACAUCAUCAAGGAGUUCCAGGAGAAGAUGAACUCUGUGGUGACAUCUCUACAAGACAUCGCUGAGGGUUUGGAGACACUCAUGCAAAGUAGCUCUUCUAAGAUAAAAAGUGCCGGUUUCAAUGUAGAGGCCGCUGCUAGUGCUGGGGUGAGGGCUGGGAAAGGCCUUGCGGGCACAAUAGAGCUCUUCAGACUACUCCGGGUGGCCAAUAUUGGCAAGGUGGCAGCCCAAACUGCCAGGGCAGUGCGUGUGGCAGAGGUGGCGACAGGAAUAUUUUCAGCUUUUUUUGUAGCGGUUGAUAUCUUCUUCAUCGCCAUGGAUGCCAGAGAGAUCCACAACAUCCGACAGGCGAAGUCGAAUGAACAGGCUGGUGAUACCAGCAAGUUAGAAGUGAUGGACACAGACUCCAUCACUGAGCUGGAGCCUGGAUGUGAAGAACCAAAGGCUGAGGUCAAGUCAGAGACCAUGAAGUUCAUCCAGACGAUCAGACAGACAGCUGAACGGCUACAGGAGAGCCUGGACGAACUGAGUGACGUCAUCUCGUUCAUUCCUAAGAUAGAGGACUGUUACUUAGACGACUGAUCUACUCAGUGAUUGUACGGGAUGCAUAAACAGAUCCAAUCAUACUUUAAUAUUGAACUUCUCUGUAAUAGACCGGUAUGGGCAGAUGUCCGUUUUGAUCGGCAGAAACUCACUUUCAUCCUUAAGACGUGGCUUGUACAACUCAGUUAUGACAACUAAGUGGUACAGAAUCAAACUCUAUAUCACAGACGCCUCUACUUCUGAAAAUAUAAAUGUUACAUCACAACUAUCGGGAUUGAUUUGACCUGUGUAUUAUAUUCAUGAAACAAAGUAGUAAGCAACUGCAAAAUGAUCCGUUUCAAUCUAUUAAUGGAUGAAAGCGCAUGAUGAUUGUAUGGAAUUGUGUUAAUAAAACAUUGACUGAAACGUUUCUGAAAUAUUGUGCAUGAACGUUUCUUCAUGGUAAAAUAAUAAAGAUCAGUGAAACAUU